CAAUGUUAGUUAUUCCAAAUGUGUAUAACUUAAUCUCUAGUCAGUUUUAAUCAUGUUAUAUAAAUUGAUAUAAAUAUUAGAACAGAUCAUUUACAUUAAAGAUUAUACCGUGAUGUAGCACAUCUGUGUUAAAAGUAAGUUGAACAAGGAAAUGACUUGUUAGCUCAGAGAGCCAAUGGAAACAUGUCACAGGGCUUCCAAUCGAAGCAGAGACAAGAGAAUUAACCUUCUAAGUUUGUGCCCUGGAGAUCAUAUGUGAAAAUGUAUGUCAUUCUCUUCAUUGUAUGCGUUCUCUUUUAUAAACCAUGUAAGUACAAAUUUACAACAGUAAUGUUUUUCUUGAGCUUUCUUUACUUUUCACUGUGUCGUCUAUGUAGAAACGCAUUUAAGUAAUGACUGCUAUUUAAUAUUUUACAGCAAUGCAAUAUUCUGGAAGUAUUUUGCAGAUGGGGGAUGUAACAGUUCAAGUGGGUGAUGAUGUGACAUUUCACUGCUUUCACCCAAAAGACCAAAUGAAUAGAGUCAUGUGGUUCAAGCAGACUCUGGGAGAAAAACCUGCUCUUGUAGCCUCUUCAUAUCACUGGUCUCAAGACAGUGUACUUCAUGAUGAGUUUGCAAAGACAAAGCGCUUUAAAAUGAAUCCAGGGCAAGGCAGCUUUAAUCUAACCAUUGAAAGAACUGUACAAUCCGAUUCAGCCACAUAUUAUUGUGCCGGUUCCUUUAUGAACAUUGUCUACUUUGGAGCUGGAUCUAACCUGGUGCUUAGAGGUUCUAAAUCCAACCGGAUUCAUAUUCUGCAGGAAAAGCAACCUGGAACAUCAUCAUCAGAUGGAAAUGCGACUCUGCAGUGUACAAUCCAAAAUGAACAACAGAGUUGUGGAGGCGAACACAGGGUCUAUUGGUUCAGACCCGGUUCAGGAAAAACUAGUCCAGGAAUCAUUAACACUCAAGAAAGUUGUAAAAACAGCUCUGUGACUGCCUCUCCUUCCAGGAGCUGUGUCUACAAUCUCUCUAUGAGAAACAUCAAGCCUGGGACUUACUACUGUGCUGUGGUCGCAUGUGGGGAGAUUUUGUUUGGACAUGGAAUCACUCUGGAUAUUGACGAUGGACUGAAAGGCCAGCACUUGCAGUUUUACAUUCUCAUUGGCCUUGCACCAUUGCUGGUCAUAAGCUUCAUCACUAAUGUUCUACUUUGCGUGACAAAGACAAAAGGCAACACAUCUCAGCAAGUUCACACAACAGAGUCAAGGGCACAGUACCACAUGACCUCUGAUAUGAAUUAUGCUGCCGUAAACUUCACAAAUUCCCAAAGUUCAAGACAGCAGAGAGUGGAGAGGGAAUGGCAAACAGAAUACUCUGGACUGAAAUUAAACGAUUCUGUACCGUAACUGUAUUUGUACUGUAUUUCUGUACUGUAUUUGUAAUUGCUAAUAUUGUUUGCUAACCAGAGCCAUGUCAUAUUUUAUGUUCUGAAAUAAUUUUUAAAAUUUAAAUGUCUCUUUAUUCUGUUGAAAUAACCACAGCCAUGCAUUGUGCUC